AUGGUACACGUUGUUGUAACUGAGUUUUUCAAGCUUUCAUUAUUCAAAGUUAUUCAUGCGCACCAUACUACUACUACUACUACUACUACUACUACUACUACUACUACUACUACUACUACUACUACUACUACUACACCUACUACUACUACUACUACUACUACUACUACUACUACUACUACUACUACUACUACUACUACUACUACUACUACUACUACUACUACUACUACUACUACUACUACUACUACUACUACUACUACUACUACUACUACUACUACUACUACUACUACUACUACUACUACUACUACUACUACUACUACUACUACUACUACUACUACUACUACUACUACUACUACUACUACUACUACUACUACUACUACUACUACUACUACUACUACUACUACUACUACUACUACUACUACUACUACUACUACUACUACUACUACUACUACUACUACUACUACUACUACUACUACUACUACUACUACUACUACUACUACUACUACUACUACUACUACUACUACUACUACUACUACUACUACUACUGAGCGUUUAUUUACAUCUAUUACUCAAUCGGAUAAUGUAUCACUAUUAUCCUUUCACCCUCUGAUAACGAUCCCAACAACUUUAUCUGAACGAAAAAAUACUAAUCCUUAUUACUAA